UCAGAAAACAACAAAAUAUGCCUUUUCGAAGAGUGUUUCCGUGAAUAACCAUGCCAGAAACAACACACCACAGACCAUGACUCUGUGCGGCAACCCUGUUUGCGUUUUUAGUAUUUUUUUGUGUUUGUUUUUCGAAGUUUUAUCGGGAUUUAGUUCAGAAACGUUAAAUCUGAACGGUAAAUGGAGUCUGUCAAACUCUAACGGGUCAGUGUCUCUACCUGCAGAGAUACCUGGAUGUGUUCAUUCAGCUCUACAACAAGAAGGACUCAUCCAGGACCCAUAUUUCAGGUUCAAUGAUGUGUCUUAUCGGUGGAUUUCCUUCGACAACUGGACGUACACGACUACAUUUACCGGCUCCACCCAGCUGACAACCAAACAGAAGGUGCUGCUUGUCUUUGAUGGUGUCGACACUGUAGCAUCAAUUUGGCUCAAUGGAGUCAUUAUUGGGAAGACGGACAACAUGUUUCGUAGAUAUGACUUUUCGGUCAGAGACCUGCUGAAGGAUGGGGAUAACGUGCUGAAAGUGACCUUGUUGUCUCCUGUUCUUUAUGCGUCUGAGCGGAGGAGAGCUCAUUCUGCCUACAGUGUUCCUCCUGAAUGUCCUCCAGAUGUCCAGAAGGGGGAAUGUCACGUCAACUUCAUCAGAAAAGAGCAAAGCUCUUUCAGUUGGGAUUGGGGACCAUCGUUCCCCACGAUGGGGCUGUGGAAAGGAGUUCGGCUCGAGGCGUUUGAUGUCCUGCAGCUCAUCCAGGUUUCCUCUGUUCCUCUGUACAAUUUCAGCCUCUCUCAGUGGAGAGUUCAGGUUGAGCUUCUUGUUGAUGCGGUUCAGACAACAAAAGGCCAAAUCACCCUCUCCAUACCUGAGCUCGGCUCAGAGCAGAUCGUCCAGACACAGUUUCUACCUGGGAAGGCCAAGAACAGCUUCACUUUACACAUCAGCAAGAGUAGCCAGGUGAAGCUGUGGUGGCCCAACGGACACGGCGACCAACCCUUUUACCGUCUCACUGUCAGUGGUUUUCAGGACGGAUUCAUGAUCCUGAAUACAGAGUCUAAGGUGUAUUUUCGCACAGUGGAGCUUGUCCAGGAGCCAGUGGUUGGCUCUCCCGGCUUGAGCUUUUAUUUCCGCAUCAAUGGGAAACCAAUUUUCCUCAAAGGCUCCAACUGGAUCCCAGCCCACUCUUUCCAGGACCGAGUCACUCCUGCUGUUUUAAGGAACUUGUUGCAGUCCGCUGUAGAUGCUAGCAUGAACGCCCUCAGGGUCUGGGGUGGAGGAGUGUAUGAACAGGAUCUUUUCUACAGCAUCUGUGAUGAGAUGGGAAUCAUGGUUUGGCAGGACUUCAUGUUUGCCUGUGCUAUGUAUCCCACCGAGGAGGACUUCAUACAGACCGUAAGAGAAGAGGUCAUCCAACAGGUUCAGCGCCUAAACUCUCAUCCUUCCAUAAUAAUUUGGAGCGGGAACAAUGAAAACGAAGCUGCUCUGGCAACAGACUGGUUCAACAUCCCAGUUUCCCAGAGGCCUACUUACCUGAAAGAUUACGUGAAGCUGUAUGUGGACAAUAUCAGGGCGAUAGUUCAGGAGGAGGACCAGAGUCGGCCGUUCCUCGUCUCCAGCCCAACAAACGGAGCUGAGUCGGAGCAGGAAGGCUGGGUGGCAGCAAACCCCUACGACCCUCACUAUGGGGACACACAUUUCUACAGCUACACUCUGGACUGCUGGGACUGGAGGACUUUCCCUCGAACACGUUUCUCCUCUGAGUACGGCUUCCAGUCCUGGCCUUCCUUCUCCACUCUGCAGCCGGUUUCCAUAAAGGAAGACUGGAGUUACAACAGUAAGUUCACUUCCCAUCGUCAACACCAUGAGGACGGGAACCAGCAGAUGUUGCUGCAGGCUGCGAUACACUUCAACCUGCCGAACUCCACAGAUCCCCUGAAAAGAUUCACAGACACUCUUUACAUCACUCAGGUCAUGCAGGCUGAGUGUGUGAGGGCACAGACUGAGUUUUAUCGCAGAAGUCAGAGUGAGAUCAUCGAGGGCAAAGGUCACACUAUGGGCGCUCUCUACUGGCAGCUCAAUGAUAUUUGGCAGGCGCCUUCCUGGUCAUCGAUCGAGUUUGGUGGGAAAUGGAAAAUGCUGCAUUAUUUUGCACAAAACUUCUUUGCUGCUGUUCUGCCGGUCGGCUUUGAGGAUGACGACAUGCUGUUCAUCUACGCCGUCUCAGACCUGAGUCACGACCUGAAGCUCUGGGCUGUGGUGUCUGUGUACUCCUGGUCUGAUCUGGAUCCAGUGUGCACUCUGAAGUCAGACCCGCUCAUGAUCCCCGGAGGCAGCGCUGUGGUCAUUUUUAAACAGCCAGUCGCCGCCCUGCUGGCAGGAUGUGGACGCUGCACCCGCCUCACCUGCCUGCUCACCUUUCACCUUGAGGACAGCAGCGGCCAGCAGGGUCCCACCAACCACCACUUCCUAUCCUCUCCCAAAGACGCUCAGGGACUCCAGAGACCCAACAUCACAGCCAAGGUGCAGGAGGAUCAGAGCAGCUACACCGUCAUCCUCCAGUCUGCCUCUGUGGCUGCUUUCGUCUGGCUCGAUGUGGGAAACGUCCCCGGACGAUUCAGCUCCAACGGCUUCCUGAUGGUUUCUAGAAACAGGACAGUCAGUUUUAAUGCUUGGCGUAACACCAGCGUCACAGAACUCUCCCGAUCGCUCACCAUCACAUCUUUAAGGGAAGUAUACUGACCUGAGACCAGCAAGAAAAAAUCAGACUGUCCUGUGCCUGUUUUUUAAAGAGAUACUUAGGUUGGAGUGUCAGAAAGAUAUUUGUUUUCUGAAGAUGAUGCAGCUGAUACUUUGUGCCAAUUAUCUAAAUGUUUAAACUUGUUUUCCUCUCUUCUCAUCAGAGCAGAAAAUGACAGUCACACCUGAACUUUUCCAAACAAAGGAAAAUAAUAUCAGGUGUUUUUUUGACAACAGGGUGACCCACAGGACCUAAUGUGCAUUUACAUAAAGUAUUCAUGCACACAAGUGAAAUGAGCAAAGACCCAUGCAAUUUUGAUAAAGGUGAAAAGGAUGAACUGGCCAAUAUUAGCCUGGUUCAGGACCUCUUAAUCUCCUGCAUCUUAAAUUUCUAGAGCUGCUGAAACAGAUGGAUAAUGAAUAAUUUAAGUUUCCUGCACUGAUCAGUAGUUUUCUCUGCAAUCUGAACUUGUGUAUUGUGCCCUGAAAACCAUUCUACAUUUGUGUGUUUUGCUUUUUUUGCACAUUUCUCAGAUAAUUAACAGAGAAAAUACUCUGUAAUACUUGACAUCAUGGAUGUGCUGUAUUGUUUACAAUACUGUCCAAAAUGUGUUUGUACUGAAUUUAAAUAUGUUUGUUGACAUAGAGUAUUUUAUUCAAUUGAUCAGUGUUUUAAAAUCCUGUUGAAUAAAAUAAGGAAAAGAACACCAUAAACUCAAGUUAAUAUAAAGCUAUAUACAAAUGUAAAUGGGAGAGAGUAUACAAUAAGUACACAAAACCAAAAUAUACAUUGUUAUACAAGCUUUAUAUAUUUAACAGAAAGGCUUAGUCUCACGAAAGACACUACCCAU